AUGUCGCUGCCGGAUCGGUCUCCGCUGAAUCGCCGCUCCUCCACGCAGCACUACCAGACAUUCGACACCCCGCCACCCAAGUCGCGUGGGAGACCGAAUUCGGGUCAGUCCGAGUCCGCGGGCGAUGUCUCGCACGAAUCUCACCAUGAGCCUACCGCCCACCCCGGCACACAAUCGCCGCUCCCCAAGAAGCAAAUGGCAGUGCUUGCAAUGAUCGCCCUGGCCGAGCAAACCGCCCUGAACUCGAUCAGUCCUUAUCUCCCCGAUAUGGCAUCAACAUUUCCCGAGGUCGAGCCCAGUGAGGUGGGAGUCUAUGUGGGAACGAUUGCCUCGGCAUUCGCAUUGGCGCAAUUCGUCACCAACUAUUUCUGGGGGUGGCUGUCAGACCGCGUGGGGCGCAAGCCCGUAAUCCUUCUUGGCACCCUUCUGACGGCGCUGUGUUUUGUUGCAUUUGGCUUUUGCAGGACACUGUGGCAAGCCAUCACGGUGCAGGCGUUAAUGGGCGUGGUCAAUGGUAACCAAGGCCUGGUGUCCACCUGCCUUGGAGAGAUCACGGACCGGAGCAAUCAGUCUCAGGCGUUCACGUAUCUCCCGGUUCUUUAUGGCAUCGGAGGUAUCUCGGGUCCUCUGCUGGGAGGUCUGUUAGUCUUUGACCGCAAUCCGUUCACCGGCAAGGAGAACCCGUUUCCCUACCUUGCGCCUAACAUUCUUUCGGCUAUCAUUCUCCUUGUGGAUUUCGCGUUGACAUCACUCUUUCUGGAAGAGAGCCUGGAAGACGCCGACAGUCUUCCAAAGUUCGGUCAAAAGGUCCGCAGUCUUUUCACGUGGCUGUGGCAAUUCACGAGCUCCUCUCGGCACCCGACCUAUGUUCAGGUCCCGCAAGGAGUCCCAUGCCCCCCGAUGCGCCGUAACACUGCCGAGGCCGCCGACCACGACAGCGAUCUGGACUCGGCUUCAGAGGUCUCGGGCGAAGUCGACCACCCCUCUGAGGAACUCACGUGGGAUGAGAUCUUCACGCGGGACACCGUUCUGCUUCUCCUGACCUAUUUGAUCUUUGCUCUAUGCAAUGUGUCAUUCAAUUCGCUCUUCCCUAUCUUUGCGCAAGCGAAGCCCCCAAUCGGGCGCGCGCUGACCCCUUCCGAGAUUGGUCUCUCGCAGGGAUUUGCCGGCGGCGUGACGAUUAUCUUCCAGAUCUGCAUCUUCAACCGCCUGCGCGACAAGAUGGGCAAUCGCUGGUCAUACCGCGCGGGGCUCUUUGGCUUCGUGGUUUCGUUUGUUCUGAUGCCGUUCGUUGGGUACAAGAGCGUCGUCGACAAGAAGCUGACCAGCAAAUCCGCGCUCAUGGCGCUGGAGCUGUGCUUCGUGUUGCUGGUCAAAACCGUUGCCUCUGUGGGCGGCCUGACCAGCGCCCUGUUAUUGGUCACCAAUUCCGCACCAAACCAUGCCGUCCUGGGCGCUCUCAACGGUCUUGCACAGACCCUGUCUGCCGCCGGACGAGCUGUCGGUCCAUUUCUGUCCGGUGGCCUGUUCUCCCUGACGUCGAAAGUCCAGCCCAAGGGCGAAGCAUUGGCGUUUGGUGUCUUCGGCGCCGUUUCUUUCGUCGGCUUCCUUAUGAGCUUCGGGAUCCGCGACCGCUCGCUCGAAGCCGAGGGCUGGGGCGAGGAUAGCGACGACGCCAACUACAAGUCGGAUGACGACGAGUUGAUGAGCCCGUGA